GUUUGUGUCAGAAGUGGGAUUCGAACCCACGCCUCCAUUCGGAGACCAGAAUUCCCGCUAACCGGAAGGAGUUCAGUCCUUGAGUCUGGCGCCUUAGACCACUCGGCCAUCCUGACACUGAUACGUUGCCCUGCCAGCAGUAUAAUUUUUAUCAUAUGUGUACGGGGAGGUCAUCCUGUGCUCGAGGUCAUAUAUGUGAUUAUGAUAUGAUUUUCUUUUUUUAAUGGCCAAAAGGGUAACACAGCACACUUUUUUGUACGUUCUCAGGGCAUAGCGCAUGCGCUUUGACACUAAUGCGUCAUUUCCGGCUUUUUUGCUCCCGUCCGGCCAUCUCCCAUUUCCGCAGUUCAAGGGUAUCGUACGCACCAGGCUAAGAGACAUGUACAGAUUUGCAAAAGCCGCCUUGAACAUCACCGGUCAAGCCGCACGCCAGGUGAGGCAUGGAUCCACCGUUCCGCAGGACUUCCACUCCAAGUAUGGCACCGGCGUGUUGGUCGGCGGCAUCGCCUUUUGCACGGCUGUGUGGUCGUACGUGUUGACUCAGACUGGCAUCACCUGGAAUCUGUCCCCCGUUGGGAAGGUCAUGCCCAAACCUUGGAGGGAGGCUGAUGAGUAAAACGACGACAAAAAGCCGCCGCCAUGGUAGAGAUCCAAGCAUAAAACUUCUGGGUGUACAGAUGAAGAGUAAAUAUGUUUCAAUAUUGUCCAAAUAAAUGUGAUUCUAGA